CACCCACACAUCAGAUCCCUCCAAUGCCAAAUAAUUGGUAAUAGUCGCCUUCUUGUUAAUGUUACUGCAAUGGAACAGUGAGGGUCUAAUGAUUACAGCGGCCUUUUCCAGGGCUGGGUAUGAUCUCACUCUAUCAGCUCGGGCCAGAGGAUCAGUGAGGUUCACCACCAGGUGGGACACUUAACACUACACAUCAACAUCUCCAGUGCAAAGCGGCGGACAUGAAUCAACAUUUGUCUGCCUCAUGUGAGGAGACUGUGAAUGAAGCAAAGCAACUGGAGAGCUGAGCGAAGGCAUGCAAUGCAAAAACAACUCCCCUCUGCUUCUCAUGCUCAUAAAUCAAUGCCCCAAAAAUCAAUGAGGAGCAACAUGAAAUCCAUUCGCCCCUAUUUCCUCUUUCCUUGGUGCUGUUAAUGAAUUGUAAAUCUGUAGCCUGCAGCACUCUCUACUCAAAUUCUUCUUUUCAGUUCUGUUUAUCUUCCAAUUGUUGACCUAAGCCUAUCUGGGUUCCUGUACAUUUACACUUGCUGUUUACAAUACUACAGAUGAGCUGAAUUUACAGCUCUUGAGCUCAGGUAGUUAUGCUGACCCUAAUAGAUCUUUAUUGCAGUUAUCUGCAGUAAGUGUGAUAGCAGUUCAUGUUUGCUAUCAGAGCGACAGUCAAUAAUUACCCUGAUUUCUGAAGGAAAAUACUAUUUCACUCUGUCUCUCUCUGUGUAUGUACCAUAUGUGUUUUAUACAUGUGUGUGGAGGGACAACACUUGUAGAAAAUAUACAGAUCCUUUCAGAAAAUGAACAGAAACAACGGACCCUAGGAAAAACUGUGUUUGGCCUCAUUAGGCCCUCCCACAGAGAGGAAGCCAGCCCAUCCCUCGCCUGCUCUAUGACAAUCAGUCCAGAGUUCACCUGCCGUUUACUCUGCUUCAUCCUCUCUUACUGUUGAGCUAUUCACCUCUCGUUUCCUCCUCUGCUAGAAUUGUAUUUCUCAGGAGAUCCGUUCCAUGGAGGCAGGAGUGAGGCUGAUUGUGGACUGCUGAGUACGGGCCUGAUUGAGAUGUCAUGUGGAGUAGCCGCCUGCUCUGAGGUGACAGGAAGUAACACAAUCUACGGCAUUUGCUCUCAACACUUGAACGCUCUUAACAAGAUAUGGAUGGAAACCUCAGCGGCUAAGAAAUCAGGAGUGUCUUGACUUCACUGGAAAAGUCAGAGGUUAUUUCACGCACUUUACCGCCCCCAGCCAAUCAGAGGUGGAGCUGAUUGCAAGGACUAGAGUGGCUUGAUUCACAUCCGGCACAUUGUGUUUUAAAGGAAGAAUCAUUUUCACAAUGUUAGAUGGGACAUGGAUGUAUGUAAUAUGUGUGUAUGUGUUUAGGGAAGUUAUUGGAAAUCAGUACACUGUUAUUUCUGAGUAAACUGCUAUUGACCCACAGCAUGAGUAAUCAUUCCUACAUUUAUUAUCAGUAGUUUUAGGUAGUAUUUACCACCCAACCAAAAGCCAACACUGGCAGUGUGACAUCUCCAUAACUGAAGACAGAAUGCUGCCGCAGAACUCUACAGGUUCAGAGGAUCUGCUGGGGAAUGGCAGUGACACUGAGCUGCACAAUGUGGAGCAGGUCCUGGUCCCGAUAUUAGAUGUACUGAUUCUGGUGCUGGGAGUUAGCGGGCACACCAUGGUGAUGGUGAUCCUGUGUGGGAGGCGGAGAAGUGGGGUGGGACGCAUUGGACAGUCCCCUCAAAGCUCCAUGACAGGCACAGGAACUGACGUCCUCCUGCUGGCUCUGAGCGUUGCAGACCUGCUUUUGCUCUCCAUGCUUCCCUUCCACACUGUUGCCAUAGCCAUGCAGCGAUGGCCGUUUGGAGACGUCAUGUGUCGUCUGUUGAGCUUCUUGGGAUCAGCCUCGUCCUCAGCCAGUGCCUUCACACUGGCCACGCUGGCUGUGUCUCGCUAUCUGACUGUGGUGCAGCCUGCCAGAGCCUAUAGCCUCCUCUCCCCUUGCCGGGUGUCUAUAGCUGCUGCGCUCCUCUGGGUCCCGGCCUGCUGCCUGGCUACCCCCCAGCUGGUUUUUCGCUCUGUGGGAACCCCACAGCGAGCCCCUGAUGGCCUUGCUUGCUUUGCUUUCCUGUCCCCCCGAGACCAGCUGAUCUAUGGAUUGUUUAACUUCCUCGUGGCCUUCUUGUUUCCACUUGUUACCAUUGCGGUGGCAUACGGCAGCAUCUACAUGUUCCUGUGGGGGAGGCAGCAUGCCGGCAGGGCCCCCCAAGUAGAGCGCUACCAGAGCAGAGUGACCCAGACGUCGGCCAUGCUGGUGCUGGCUUUUACCCUGUGCUGGCUGCCAUCCUACAGCCUGACACUGGCCUUAUUGGCUGACAACAUCACAGGGGCUACUGGCGCCUCACCACGUUACGGCCCCUUUCGCGUAUUUGCACGCAUCAUGGCGACAUCCUCUACGGUUAUGAACCCCAUCCUCUAUGUACUGAUGUCCCAAAAGUUCAGACAAGACCUACUGAGGCUGUUCAAGAGGAGAGGGCAAAGAGCCACUGUUGGUGUGGCUAUGGCUGUUGACAGUAUCAACAACUAGCUUAAAACAGUAUACUGUAACUGAACACCUGACACACAUACACUGGGCAAAUCCUGACUACUGGGAGUUACAAUAAAACUAUUAUCACUAAGGUGAGUUGCUUUGCUGAAAGAAAGAAGGGACACAUCAUUACCCUCACAAGGAAAGUCUACUUAACAAGGCAAAACAGCAGCACUCAAAAGAGCAGGCAACAUGCUACACCUCUGCCUCUUAACAACACUAACUGUUAGCCUGGAUGUUGUACAAGAAUAUCAGACCGGUAGUGCUGGGAAGUGCCACUCCACAGGGACAGAACAAUCCUGAAUCAUGCAUUCCUUGUGAAACAAUUUACAGUAAAGACACUUUGGUAAAACAUUAACGUACACCUGUGUUUUGUUGUGCUGAGAUAAGGUGAAUGCUUGUACUUUGUUCUCAAAGCUUUCCUUUUGUUUCUAGUUUGGCUACAACUUCAAAAUACUGUAGCUUCCUGGUUGUGUUUAGAUCAUUGGGAGUGGUUUUUUUUUAUCUCCAG